CAGUGCUUUCAAGAAUCCUUGGUGACCCAUCUAAGUUUUCGAUUUUGUUGCUUAUUUGGUCUGUGAAGAAAGAACAAGAAAUGCCGGUUGAUUUCGCAGGAGCUGCUGUGGGAACAGCAUUCAGCGAGCUGUUCACGCUCGUUAAGGACGUAGUGAAAACCAUUGCCGAGUUUCGUGGCCAGCUCGAGAAGAUCGAGUCCACCUUGAGGACCAUACAGCCAAUCAUCAAUGACAUCGACGAGUACAAUAAACGGCUGGACCAUCCGAAAGAGAUGGGUCCGAUCAAGAACCUAUUGGAUGAAGGCAAAGGACUGGUCGAGAAGUGCUUGAGGAUUCACCCGCUCAACCUGUGCAAGAAGUGUACGCACUCGAAGAAGCUGACCCAAUUCGAUGAGGCGGUCCGGGGAGAGUUCCAGAUUUACAUGCCGCUGCUGGCCACGAGGAACACGGUGGCGAUACUGGUGCAGAUGGAGGAGAUGAGGGGAGAACUCAAGUUGAUCUGUUCCGGUCAAGCGAACGGCGGAGCACUCCAGAGUAGGCUUGGGGCUUUGGGCAACCUUGCUGCCCCUGAGGCACCCGAUUUAAUUGUCGGGUUGGAGGUUGAGGAAUCCCUGAGGAUACUCAAGGAACGGUUGCUUGAGGAGGGAGUGACUGUGAUUGUUGUGACUGCCCCAGGCGGGUGUGGCAAGACCACUCUGCUUAAGACAUUGUGUCAUGAUGCGGACAUUGAAGGCAAAUUCAAGGACAACAUCAUGUUCGUCCCUGUCUCGAAGAAACUCAACCUGAUAGACAUCGUCCAGCGAAUGAUUCAACAUAACGGCUUUGCAGUACCCGUGAUUGAAACAGAAGAUGGUGCAGUUCAUUACUUGCAUCAACUGCUCUACAAAGUAGGACAAAAUCCUGUGUUGCUUGUGCUAGACGAUGUCUGGACUGAAUCACAAUCCUUCCUUGAGAAAUUUGUCUUCAGGAAGAUCAAAGAUUACAAGAUUGUGGUGACAUCAAGAUAUAAGUUUCCUGCUUUUCCUCUUGUGCACCGCCUGAACCCACUGACUCAUGGGGAAGCCCUAGAACUUUUUCGUCGAUCUGUUACUGUUGAUGAUAGAAGCAUGGUUGUACCAGAUGAUGAGCUCGUGGAUCAGAUAGUGAAACGCUGUAAGGGAUUGCCGUUGGCUCUUACAGUCAUUGCCAAGUCUCUCCGAGGAAAGGAUCGUUCAUUCUGGCAAAGAAAGCUUCUUGAUUGGUCUGAAGGUCAUUCCCUUUUAGAUUCGGACAGUGACAUUCUAGAUUGCCUCAGAAAGAGCUUGGAGGACUUGGAUGGUGACCCUUCAAUCAAGAAACGUUUCAUGGACCUCGGCUCGUUUCCGGAGGAUCAGAUGAUCCCGGCUACCGCCCUUAUUGACAUGUGGGUCGAAUUGUACGAGCUAGAUUUCAGCAGCGUGCGUGCCAUUACAGACCUCCAUGAACUCGUUUAUAGGAACCUAGCUGAUCACGUAGUCACCAGGAGAGAUUCAAGCGACGACAGCGAAUCUUACAGCGGCCACUAUGCUAUGCAACACGAUCUGCUCAGAGAGCUGGCUAUUAUUGAGUGCAAUCGGGGGAAAGUAGAGAAGCGAGAGAGACUCAUUUUGGACUUGAUCGGAAACAAUGUUCCUAACUGGUGGAGCAAGCAAAAGCAACAGUCUUUCGGUGCUCGUCUAGUGUCCAUCUCCACUGAUGGACCAUUCUCAACACCCUGGCCAAAUCUUGAAUUGCCUGAAGCUGAGGCUCUUGUCUUGAACUUCCACAACAUGAUGCAGACCAAAACUUAUGCUUUGCCUGAAUUCAUUGAGACGGCAGAUAAGCUCAAGGUUCUGAUAGUAACAAACUACAGUUUCUUUCCGGUUGAGCUGCGCAAUUUCCAUGUCAUUGGGUCCAAUUUAAGGAGGAUUAGGCUCGAACGCGUUAGAGCUCCUUUCCUAAGCAUGGGAAAUCUUCGGUUGCACAAUCUACAAAAGCUAUCCUUUUCCAUGUGCGGCAUCAGUCAGGCUUCGACAUCUGAUGACGCCAAAUUAUCCGAUGCAAUGCCAAAUUUAUUGGAGCUCGACAUUGACUAUUGCAAUGAUCUUGUGUCAUUACCGGAUGACAUCUGCCAGAUAAAGCCUUUGAUAAAACUUAGCAUCACAAACUGUCAUAAUUUCUCUGCUCUUCCUGAAGAAAUAGGGCAAUGGGAGUCCCUCGAUAUGGUCACGCUUAAUUCUUGCACAAACCUAUUGCAGUUACCAGAAUCGAUUGUAAGCCUUCGAAAAUUGACCCUUCUCGAUAUGUCCGAUUGCUUGAACCUGAGCAACUUGCCCGAUCAAAUUGGUCAAGUGGUUAAUCUGAAGAAGAUGAACAUGAGAGGAUGUCCGAGGUUGUCUAUGUUGCCACCGUCGAUUGUGAACCUGAGCAAGUUGAGGAAGGUGGUUUGUCACAAAGAAAAAGCCGACAUGUGGGGGCCUCUCAAGAACAGUCUCAACAGGUUGCAGGUAAUUACGUCUUAA